GGCUUUGAAAAUAUAAUAUAUGUAGUUAUAUGAAUUGGAAACGAUCAAUUGUAUGGGAUCUCAAGUCUCACUCUUGUCAUAUCAUUCACACACACUUUUAUCGGUGGAUAGAAUUCGAUAUCCUUACCAGCCUGCCACAUGUUGAUAUACGAAUAGACGAGCUAUCAUACCUCGAGUAGUACCACACGUACUAACAUACGAACUGCUUGCUAUGCGGGCUAACUAUGCAAUUGAUCUGAGGUCACUUAAGUAUUUGACAAAGUCAGGUAGGCGCGACUCCCUUCCCAGUUCUUUUGUUGAUAUCACAAUUGCAAACUCUCCCAUCAUCUAUCUCACCCAUUUGCUCCCUUCUCAAAAUUUCUAUUUAACACUGCCACUCAACAUAUCUAUUCAUCGCCAGGGACUAGUAAACCACACCGUGCCCUAACAUCUGUUCACUCAGUCCUCACCAUCUCUAAGCCCUUCAUUUCUAAGAACAAAAUCACAACGUGGCCCGAAAUCUGUUCAUUCAAUUCCUAUCUCCAUUUCUGACUCACUCCAUUCCAAUUUCUCGCAAUGAUAAAAUGAAGGCUUCUUCCUUUUCCAAUUCCAAAAAUUGAAUAUUGCAACCUAGAUCUUGAAUAUCCAUACACCACCAGAAAUCAAGUCUCAAGCCUCAAUCAUGAAUCGUCGUAUCGUUAUAUUUUCAGGCGGAAGUGCCGCCAACAGUCUCGUUGAUAUUUUUGGGAAAGUUGCGGAAGAAAAGGGAUGUUCUCUGAGUUAUGUCAUCCCGAUUAGUGAUAACGGAGGCUCUUCCUCUGAACUUAUUCGGGUAUUUGGUGGCCCUGGUAUCGGUGAUGUGAGAAGUAUGUUACUAUCUCAUAUAUCUCGGGUUAGACGCGUCUCGAUCUACCUUCAGGAGCAGUUGGUUCUCUGUCAAACUCUUUUCGAGUCUUGAUGAAGACCCCUAAUCUAAGAGGACGGUUUCGGUCACGUGAUGUAAUAAGGCCCAGCCUGCCUCGAGCCGUUGUGCUAUCAAGCGGACAAACUUAUGAUACUACCAAGCGGUUGAGCCCAUGAAAAUUACAAUCAUGUAGGCUUGUCCGACUCAUCCCCGAAGAUUCCACUGGCGCCAACCCCGAAAGAUCUGCUCUAAGCACCUUCUUCAACCAUCGUCUGGACCCCUCUCCCCAAGAAGCCAAACAUGAAUGGCUAGCCAUAGUUGAGGGUCACUCUCCUUUGUGGAGUGAUAUCACCUCUGCCAAGCGUGAACUAAUUCGUUCCUUCCUCAACACCAUAAACCUCGAGAUUGUCAAGCGAGCUCGUCCCACCUCUGUUUUUAAUUUUCAAUCAGCUUCUGUAGGCAACUUGUUCUUAACGGGUGCUCGUAUUUUUACGGGAAGUUUGGAAGCGGCGAUUUAUCUUUUAUCAAGUAUCACCGGUGUGAGAGAUAACGUUGAGGUUAUCCCGGCAAUCAAUAGUAAUUUUUCAUAUCAUAUCUCUGCAGGAUUACGAGACGGUACAAUAAUUGUCGGGCAAAAUAACAUCUCUCAUCCCAUAGCCCCAACCUUUGUCCCUACGCAGCCCGUCUCUCCCGCAACCUUUCACAAGCGUCAAUCCAUCGACCUUCUAUACCAUGACCGUAUCGAAGACGCCAAUCUCCCCGGCUCCCUUCCCACCCUUCGCAAACAAAACAUACUCUUUCAAAAAUCUCACACUGAGGAGCUCUCCUCCGCCAUCGAACGAAUUUGGUACAUCAACCCCUAUGGCCAAGAAAUUCGUCCCACGCCCAAUACCAAGGUUCUCUCUGCUCUCCAGGACGCUAGUUGCGUAAUUUAUAGUAUUGGAUCUCUAUAUACUUCUAUUCUCCCUUGCUUGAUAUUAAGGGAUGUAGGACCUGCAAUUGCGGAUCCGAAGAUUAAAUUCAAAGUACUUAUUUUGAAUGGAUGUCUGGAUCGUGAGACGCCAGGAUAUACGGCGAAAGAUUUCAUCGAGGCGAUAGUUCACGGGUGCACUGGGAAUGGAAAGGAAGAGCAUGAUCACGAACACGAACAUAGUGAAAAGGUAAAAGAACAAGACUGGAAAAAAUACAUCACGCAUGUAGUAUAUUUAGAAGGCCCAGGUACACCGGUGGUAGAUAAAGCGGAGCUCAAGAGAUUAGGUAUUGAAGCUGUGAGAGUCUAUGGACGAAGAUCGGAAUCUGGGAGAGAGGGACAGGGCGUAAUAUUGAAGAAUCCAAUUAUUGAUGCAGUGAAGAGUGAGGAUGUGGGGAAUGCAAAUGGAAAUGGAGUAAGAGAAGAUAUUGUGAGGGCAAUAGAUAAAGAUGAUAGUUCGGGAAUGAGGUACGAUGGGGCUGGGCUGGGACAGGCGUUGAAUGCUAUUUUGGGAGGCAAACCGGAGAAGUCGAGGAGAUAUACCUUUAUCGGUUAAUUUCUUAUUGAAUAGCCAGUAUCUCGUUAAUACUGUUUUUGGGGGCAAUUCUUUUCUGAGAGUUGAUUGCGGAUAGAUUGGAGAUGGAUUGUGUCUUAUUCCCAUGCCACGAAAUUGUACCUUAAAACCUGGAAAGAUAUCUUUACGUUUCUCAUCUACCAAGCAUCAAAGUAUUAAGUACAAACACCAAAUUUAAUUUGCGUAACCA